AUGGACACAAAUGACCAUGCAAGUUCAUUUCUGCGUAAAAAGUUCUAUCUGUUUGGACGGAUUAUAAAUUACUUAGCUCAGAUAAAGCAGCAGGGACUGGAGUUUCUGAAUGAACUGAAACUGAAGGCACCAACUGAGUACUCCAACUGCGAAAAACAUUUGCUGCCUUGUUCCCGGGAAGAGGCUUCCCUGAGGGCAGAGGCCCGGGCUCCCUGCGUGCUCAGGGAACAUGUCUCUCUUGCAGGGCCCUGGACCGUCAAUGUUGUUUUCCGAAAGCUCUGCUCUGCUGUGGGGCACUGCGUUUCUUACGAAGAGCUCAAAGACUUGAAAAAAAACAAUAUCAUCCACAUAGAUGUCCGAGAAAGAUGGGAGAUCGACAGGUUUGGAAAAAUCCCAGAGUCCAUCAAUAUACCUUUGAGUGAGUUAGUGGAAGCGCUGCAGAUGAGCCCAGGGGACUUCAGGGAGCAGUACCAUCAGAAGAUGCCCACCAAGUCGGACCAUGUGGUUUUCUCCUGCUUGGCAGGAGUACGGAGCAAACAGGCUCUGGAUUUCGCUGUGUCCUUGGGUUUCAGCAGAGUUCAGCACUAUGCUGGUGGCUUUGAGGAAUGGGCAAAGCGUGAACUUCCAGAGAAAAAGUGAAGAUGACUACCCUGCCCCAC